AUGAAGCCGACAGCACCACCCAUCAAGCGAGGGUGUGGAAGACCAAGAGGAAGCAAUAAUCAACCAGGUGCAGGACAUGUUGGCAGGCCACGCAAUGAUGGACAGCCCCCUCGAAAACAGCAUAAUGGACACAAUGAUGCAGAGAGUACUACUCCAGUACCAAACACCUCACAUAGCGCCAUGCAAACACCGUGCAAUGACAAGGUUCAACAUUGUGGCAAAGAAUCCACUCCGACAUCAUGCAGAGCCCUUGCAAUUGAUGUGGAUUUGGACUCGGAGGUGUUCGAAAACCUUGAUCCUCCUGUGAGGGUUCACACCAUCCCUCCCACACUUCCAAUUGUGCCUUGUUCUGCAGCCUGCAGCGAGGCCAUGCAGGGUGCCAACCUAGUGUUGGAGGCACCUACUGCCUCAACCAUUGUGCGAACACCGCACAUUUUGCCCAUCAGUACUGAUGCCCAAGAACAGCAAUCCGAGCCUGCUGCUAGCAUUUCGCCUCAAACUUUAACCCACCAGCCACAGGACUUCUCUGAGUCUGGACCAGCCACUACUAUACACGAGGCUGAUCCACCUGCAGAGUCGAGUGCAAUGGGUCUUAUUGAUGUUCCUGAGAACCCGUAUAGCUCUGAUCUCGAAGUGCCUGCCCCUCGUGACGACACUGAAAGUGAUCAGGAUGAGGAAGCAUCCCUGGAAGACAAGUUUUGCCCCAUUCCUGAUGAUGGAGGGGAGGAUGAAGACACGGAGCAUGGAAGGGGGACUUCGACAUCUGGGGCAGGGAUAGGACCAGUGCCAUUCAUGCAGGUGUUGCAGUCAUUCCACUACAAAAACUUCGACAAUCUUCACCUUCAAUACCUGGAGCUCGUGCACGACCAGCUACAAAAGUUGUCCAAAACAGUUUUGGGGUGGGCAGUGCUCCCUUAUUCACUGCACUUCAUACAUACUGUGGUGAACGAGUACUCUGAGAUUUGGUCCAUGCUCUUCAUGAUGACGAAGGGACAUGAUCAAUACAUGCCCAAUCUGCAUGAAAUCAGCGAGUCACUGGUGAAGUUUGGACAUCCAGAGGUCCAGGCUGUUUUCACCGAUAAUGUCCGCACAGACAAAAUGAACUCGAGCAAUUCCCUUCCCCUGCUUGAAUUUUCUCAUGGAUCAUGGACCAUUGUCGAGCUGAGCAACACCCAUCAAGUCAAUCACCGCUUUGAUGUCAUCAUGAACCACCGAACGAUGACAAACCCAAACAUUAUGGUUGCAUUCGACAUGGAAUGGCUGGUCAAUUUGGAGACCAGAAUCCACGGUCCAGUUGACUUGAUUCAAGUGGCAUAUCAAAAUACUGUCUAUCUAAUUAAGACUGCUCUGUUUCUUGAAAAUGGUGUCAUCAAGCUCACACACUCCCUCCUCGUGUUUUUGUAUUCAUCACUAUUCAAGAAAGUUGGUGUUUCAGUCAGAGCUGACUUCAAGCGGCUGCAGAAUGACUGCGGGAUGUAUCAUGGCACAGCAUCAGAUGAACCGUUUGCAGGACACGUGGAACUGGGAGCAAUGGCUAAGGAGCGUGGUGCUACUGUGAAGAGGACUGUGGAGCUUGCUAAACUUGUUAGAAUACUUCUUGGCAGGCACCUACCAAAGGACCCCCAAGUCUGUGUUAGCCCUUGGUGCAUUUACAGCUUGUGGGAAUGGACAUUGCUCAGCCUGUUGUGGCCACCACCCCUAGUGGGACUGCAAUUGCACUCCUGGCACCUGAUGGACAGGAGGUGGCUCACAGGAAUUGUGGCCCUCAAACGUCCUCCUGCCCUCAAUGGUGUUGACGUGUCACCGAAACGAGUCGUGAUGACAGUUUCUAAAGUGCUUGUGCCAUCUUUCCUGCUUCCUGCUCACCUACAGAAAGCAAAGCAGGCAAAAUCACUCGCAUCAUUCAGCAGUACUCCAUUUUCUAUUGUUGCUGAUAUCCAAAACCUUCACAUCUGCCCCUCAACUCACGACGAAGGCUCUGAUGGUCCAUCAUCUGGUUCAUGCACAGAAACCCUUGGUGACCACCAGGAUCCCGAGUCUGGAGUCUUGGAUGCAGGAUAUAUUGUUAGCAGCAGCCCUCUGAUGAGCACUCUUGUCCUGAAUGAGGAUGAGUGUGAUUGGUGA